UUAGUCUUGUUUUCACUAUUCACGCAGCCAAUCCCGAUUUCUGAAAUUGGGAGAAACAUUCAUUUGAAGGUGACAAGCAGAGCUCUAAUAUUCGCUACAAUUACAAACCCUAAUCAGCUCACAGACCUCUCUUUCUCGCGUCUUUGGAGUUAUGGAGGAGCAAUUCAUACUUAGAGUUCCACCUAAUGUGGCAGAGCGGAUAGAGCGUCUUCUGAAUGAAAACAAUGCUUCUUCAUCUGAAGACAAGUCACUAGAUUUGUCAUUUAGAGAGGAUGGAAGAAGUGGUACGUUUAUGAUUGGGAAUGAACAAUUCCCAGCUUCUCUAUUGGAUCUUCCUUGCGUUGUUGAAUCCUAUAAGACUUAUGAUGAUAACUCUUUGAUUAAGACUGCCGAUAUUGGUCAGAUGAUUAUGGUGAGGGAAUCUGGUGAUGCUGCUCCAGAUGUAAUUGAGUACAGACAUGGCCUCACUCCACCCAUGAGAGAUGCUCGCAAGCGUAGAUUUCGCAGGGAGCCUGAUCUUAAUCCUGAGCUUGUCUCCCGUGUUGAGAAAGAUCUUCUCAAAAUCAUGGCUGGAGGAACAGCGGACAAUCUUGAUGUGGAAACAGCUGAGCAAGAAGAAGGGGAUGAGAAUGCCCGAGGUGCUAAUAAAAAAUCUGCACCUAAGCCUGCACCAAAACAUGAUAUUCCAGAGAAUCUUACUAAUGCAGGAGAAGCUGACAGGAGUGAUUCUGAGGAAUCUGAUGACUCAGUCUGACCAAAUCAACUACCAAAAGAAUAUUUAUAUCACAAUGAUGAAAUGAAAGCCUGUAUAGUAUAACUUUCGCAGUUAAAUUUGAAUUCCAUCCAGCCUUAAAAUCUCACCUACAGUAGAUUUUCCAUUGUAGGUGAUCUGUAUACACUGUUUUGUAUUUUACAAAUCGUGCAUUUUCUCGCUAUCUUUUACAAAUCGUGCAUUUUCUUGUCUAA